GACUAUUACUACAGAUACUUUGAACUUCUCAGAUCUGCACAGGAGACAGAAGAGCCUCCUUUACAAACAUGAAGGGGAAACUCUUGGGGCUGCUGAGCUUUUACAUUCUGUCUUUGCCAGGGACAGGGGUCUCGUCUGAAACCAACAACAACGAUCCAGAGAUUUGCUGUUCCCAUACAAAAGACGAGUGUAGUGACCUGGCUGUACGUCUGACUGACCUCGAGGACAAGCUGAAGGCAAAAUCAGAGACACCCAAAAUUGCGUUUUCAGCUGUCCUGUUUGAUGAAAAAACUGAAACUCUGGGUCCUUUCAACGCUGCGACAACUUUAGUGUUUGCCAAGGUUCUCACAAAUAUCGGCAGUGCCUACAACUCAGACACAGGAAUUUUUACAGCUCUUGUGCCUGGUACAUACUACUUCAGUUUCACUGUGUUUUUCCACCUGAAGGCAAAUCUCUACGUUACUUUAAUGAAGAACGCAGAUCGCAUCGUUUCAGUGUGGGACAAUCAAGGGGGAGAUACUAACGACAGUGGGACCCACACAGUUAUCCUACAGCUGGCAGUCGGAGACCAUGUGUAUGUGAGGCUCAAUGAGAACAAACAGCUCUAUGAUGACGUAAAUCACUACAACAGUUUCAGUGGCUUUCUGCUGUUCCCUUUGUAAUUUCUGUAUUCCUGAUUUUAUCUCAUGGACAUUUUGUUCACACUAUAAUUUAGCACACUUUUAUUGUCAGGUCUGUUGAGCGAGGCAGACAGGGGUUGGAGUUUGCUGGCUUGUGCAAAGCUGGUCUCAUCUCUCUCUCUCUCUCUCUCUUGAUUAUAAUACCAUGUUGUUUUAUAUAUGGUUUAUCAAAUGUUAAUGUAUUCAGUUUAUUAUUCACUAUGAAAUAAAGACAAUAUGAGUAUAUACAAUAAAAAUGCUAUUCACAA